AUGUCUACUCCAGUUCAAUCUUCAUUGGCCGACCUCAAGGCAUCCACUGCUCAACUUGUAGGCAUCAUUGCUGGCGCUCGGCACAUCCCGGCCGGCUCAGUGGACGUCCACCUUGCUCUGACAAAGCAGGUCACCACUCUUUUGGCUGACAUCAUCCAGGCCCAUGAGAAAGGGGAAUACAUCCCUGGCAUUGUGGCGUCCUGCUCUAAGGAGCUGAUGAGGUCCUGUGCCUGGGAGGCGUUGGGUGACAAUUCCUGUAAUCUCCCUGUUGUUCCUAAUCCUUCCACUGGCCCACUGACUGUCAAUCUUCCGUCUCCACCUGUCCCUUCCCCCACACCUGUCCCUUCCCCCACCCCUGUCAUUCCCUCCCCUCCCGUCGUCACCGGCAAUGUCACUGGACCUUCCAGCAAGACGACCUCCGAGUUCUGGGACAAAGGAAAAGGUAAGGCCGUUUCUGUUGACCUGGAGCCUGGAAGUCGGAGGGAGCAACAAGAGGAAGUCCCCGAUAAUUUCUGGACACUCCUCCCAACCUCCGAACUGUUUGUGGAGUUGGAAGAUGAUGAAGACCCAAUUGUUCAGCCGAUUUCGCGUAGAGUGCCGGAGGUCGUUCUUCCCCAGCUCUCCACCAUUGUUGUGAGGACGCCCCAGUUGCCUCGGUCACCUGGUUCCCCCAAGAAGCAAUCAUUUGGGCCUGCUUCGCUGACUGCCGGCAGGCGUCCGGAGGUCAUGGAAUCUCCUGUCAGUCGUCCGGAGGCUCGGGCAACCUCCGGCAGUCAUCCGGAAGUUGGGGAGUCCUCUGAUGAUACUUCCAGCGGUUCAGAUGGUGACCCCCCGGCCAAUACCACAUUUGAUAUCACCAUUCCCGGCCUGGUGAGUACUCCAAUUAAUUCCCCUAGUCCAUCUACUAACGGAUACCACAGAACAACCCCUGCCAUUAUUGCAUCAAGGAGGAUUGGCCCUGCGCGACCCUUUUGGACAAGAGGACCAGCCUCCCCUGCUUGUCUUGCAUCCGCUGCUCCACCAAGAAGAUCAAAUGCAACCCUGCAUCUCUGGGAUCCCCGCCCAAACGGAUCCGAGGGAAGUCUACCACCGGCCGGACGCGUUCCAAGACAUCUGCCCCUGCUCCAUCCACUGCUCCGUCUCCCUCCCUGUCAAGGGCCCGAACUCGUAGUCAAUCUCGUGGCCCAUCCCGAACUCCAGGCCAUCCCUGCUGCAACUACACCCCAGGUGCAGUCACGUGGUCGCAGCAAGACCAUCACUACCAAGAAGACACCUGCACCUGCACCUGCACCUGCACCUGCGCCAGCUUCUGUUCAGUCUUCGAGCUUCGCAGUGCCUCAUGCAGCACUCGAUGUUCCCAUGCCGGAUCUCCAUUCCAUGGCAAUCGCGAUUCGAGAUGGUGCAGCUCGCAUCGCUAUUCUUGAGGCUCGGGUGCAGGAGCAGGAUGCUAAGAUUGAUACCCUGCAAUGCCUCCAUGAGAGCCUCCGGCACACAGUGGUCGACCGGCACCCUUCAUUUUCACUUCCGGACACACCAGCCGAUGCAACAAUCUUGCUUGAUCAAUCCGGUCCCCACCCGUCCAUUUCACCCCUCCCCUCCGCACUUUCCAACCUCAUUGAUUUGGACAUUUCAGUGAUGCAACCCACACCCUUGACAGUUGAGGAUGGAUCUGCUAUGGUAGGUCUCAUGGUUGAGCCCACCCAAGUUCAGCCUGAGGGUCCACAAUCCUCCGGCGAAAUUGUGCUCCCGGAUGAACCAGGCAACCUCUUGCCAGAAUCCUCCGGCAAUAUUGUGGUCCCUAAUGAACCAGGUAACCUCCUGCCAGAAUAUGAUUCUUCUGAUGAGGAGUUGGAUGUUGAGGGGAAGCUUGAUCUUCCUGGUGAGGAGGUUGAAAUGGCUACAUAA